AUGAGUCUCAAAGUUUUGCUUAUCAGUUUGUUUCUGGGCGCUUUCCGCACGAAAGGCAGCCGGGCGCAAGAAGCCGGCUACGACAGGAAAGCGCUGCAGAGUCUCACGGAGUUUCGCCAACUCCACAGAAAGACAGUAGACGGCCGUUUGUGCGCCGCGGCCUUCGUGCAAGACGGCCGGACUUACACGGACUGCACGGCAGUGCGGAACCCCGAGGGCGUUUCGGGUAGACAUUGCAAGAAAGAAAACCGAAGAAAUGAAGAUCGCUGCUGCAUUUUUUCGGGCCCAGGAAGAGCGGCUGCGGGCGACGCUGCGGAAGCACGAGCAGGUAAGUGGGAUUUGCCGCAGCAGCAGCAGCGUUUGCUGCUGCAGCGCCACGCGCAGCUCUGCGUCGCAGCCUCUGCUGCUGCUGAGCGCAUGCAAAGUGUUCAAGAAAUUCUCGGGGGGGCCCCCAGGGCCCUCGAGGAGCUUCGGGGAGAACUUUCGAAGCUGCAGCUGCUGCAGGGGAUGAGUUCGAACUUAGCAGCAGCAGCAGCAAGAGACGAGUCUGCUGGCAGCAGCAGCAGCAGCAAGCUUUCCUGCGGAGGUGAAUUUGAAUUUUCUUUUGAAUUUUUGGCCAAGUCCCACUUUGCUGCCUGCAGCGCUGCGAGGCCAGGGCCCGACGGGCUGCGGGCCACGAUCUACAGCAACGCAGCCUUCGGGGGGCCCCCCGCGGGCUUCCAGGACUUCCCCCUUAUUGACUUCAAGGCCCAGGGACUGAACCCUUUUUGGGGGGCCCCCCAGGGGGCCCCCCUGGGGGCCCCCCUGGAAGCCUUUUCUGUUCGAUGGGAGGGGUUUUUGCAAACUCAAGUUUCGGAAACUUUUCGAAUUUUCACAGUUGCCGACUGCGGGGCCAGAGUCUUCCUGGAGGACUCUCCAAUUCUGGUGGAUCGCAUGCCAAUUCCCCAGCCAGCAGCAGCAGCAGCAGCAGCAGCAGCGGCGGAGCCGGAGAAGUUGCUGCUGCCGCUGCCGCCCGCUAGCUUCACCGGGGUCACCAAAGUAUUUUCAAGUCCCCAGGCGCGCAUGAUGCUGGGGUGGACUUCUGCGACUGUGCCCGAGCAGCCAAUCCCAGCAGCAAACUUUUUCCAAAGUGCUUCUCCGCCGCUGCUGAAGCUGGGGGGCCUCCCGGGGGGGCCCUUUGACUUGUAA